AUGACUCCGGAGAUGAUGCAAACUCUGGCUACUCCCAGUCUCAGCCGAACCACGUUCCCGCUCGUCGCACUAUGCCUCAUGCACAUCGAGACUUGUCUCGACGACCAGCCCGAGGCCUUUGAAGAUCGCUACCUGAAGUUCUUGCGAGUGUACGCUGAUGGCCUCCUCGUCGCGCUUCGGCAGAAGAAGGGCGAGACCAUGGAAGCCAUCGCAAACGACUACAACAACACUUCACUAAUUUGGGAUAAUGACCUGCGUAGCCAGUACGCCGGCGCUCUUAACCUCUUCCCGGAUUUUGGUCCCAUCUUCCAGGAGAUGAUCAGCAAUAUCCGGAACUGGACAGUAGAGCCUAUGGAGGAGUGGGAGGGGCCAAAGAUUCUGUAUGGGCUGCGCUUGCACCCAAUGCAGGCUUGGGCGAUUGAGGUCAUGGAGGUCGCGAACUCAAAGUAUGCUGGUGUAGUACAACAGAUUUUCAGGAAGCAACCAGUCUAUUAUGAUGCGCCAUCAAACUUUGACCAGUACCUGCAGGCUGGCAGUACACUAGGGGCGGAUCCAUUCAUGGAGCUGACGCAGGCGCUACGCCCGUUCGUUCACGAUAAGGACGCGAUCUUCGAUGUCCUGGAUGCGUUCAUGCCCCCGCUGAUGCUGACGGUUGAGCUCUUCCGCAUUACGGACUUCGAGCCCCCUCGAGCGGAAGUAGACUGCCUCACCGAUUUCAUUGUGCAGUGCUGGUCGGCUAUCGUGUCGAACCCUCUGCAGAGCUCUCCAAUGCGAGUUCGCCAACAUCUCUCAACCAUCAACGUACGCGGCAUCCUCGAGAUGUUCUGCCAUGAGGCGAAGGAAAUACUGCGCAUUCGCUCUUCCUCGUACCUCGGGUGGUACAUGCAUUCCUGGUUCUUGCGUAGCGCAACUAGCGACUUCGUUGAUCCGCAUCAUGACGGGUACAUACGGUAUGUCAUCUGCGAACUCCGCGGUUGGGAGCGCCUACUUACCGACCAUGAUCCAGUAGUCGACUAUGUUCCCAAUGGCUUUCAGCCGUUCCGGCUUGGUGAACAAUUGGAGGAUCUAGUAGAUAUGGAAGAUGUGCACUUUAGGCCCGUCGGCCCGCCGCUGAACCCUCUGGACUAUGCUGAUCCAGUCACUGCCGAGGACCCACAGGAGAUUUGCGUUGUUUGCCUGACUUCGUUUGGGGUGCGCCCUCUUUUAAAGCUCCGGCCCUGCCUGCACGUUCUCCACCGCGAGUGUCUCGAUUCUAUGAUUAACGGAGUCCAUGCCUCGUCCAAUCGGUGUCCUCACGAUAGGCAGGAGAUCUGUUCGCCGCGGGCGAAGUGUGCCAUCCUGGAUCUUUAG